GGCAUGCGCGUGUGAGAUGCGGCCCUGGGCAGCCCGGACGCGAGCAGCGGCCCCAGCGGCAGCGGCCAAGGCGGACGCGGCCUCCUCGGCGCCGGGCGCGCGGUGCAUGAGGGCAAGCACGCGGGCGCUGGGCAGCCGCCGUGCACGCCGCCUCCAUAAACACUUGUUUAGGACUCGUUCGCCCCGCUGAGGCCUCCGGGAGCCCUCCCCCGUCCCGCCAUGGAGGCCCCGGCAGACCCCGAGCCCCACGCCGCGGCCUCGGCCUCGGCCCCGCUGCGCGCCCCGGAGGUGGCGCGGCUCCGCGAGGAGCAGGAAAAGGUGGUCACUAACUGCCAGGAGAAAAUCCAGCAUUGGAUGAAGGUAGAUAAUGACUAUAACGCCCUUCGGGAGAGACUCAGCACCCUGCCGGAUAAGUUGUCCUAUAAUAUCAUGGUACCAUUUGGUCCCUUUGCUUUCAUGCCAGGAAAACUUGUGCAUACUAAUGAAGUCACUGUUUUACUUGGGGACAACUGGUUUGCCAAGUGCUCUGCCAAGCAGGCUGUAGGUUUAGUUGAGCACCGGAAAGAACAUGUAAGAAAAACAAUAGAUGAUUUAAAAAAAGUGAUGAAAAAUUUUGAAUCCAGAAUUGAAUUCACAGAAGAUUUACGGAAAAUGAGUGAUGCUGCAGGAGAUAUUGUUGAUAUAAGAGAAGAAAUUAAAACUGACUUUGAAUUUAAAGGGAAACAUCGAAUUGCUCAUAAGCCUCAUUCCAAACCAAAAACUUCCGAUAUUUUUGAAGCAGAUUUUGCAAGUGAGGUAAAAUCCAAGGAUUUGCUUGCUGAUAAGGAAUUGUGGGCUCGACUCGAAGAACUGGAGAGACAAGAAGAAUUGCUGGGUGAACUUGAUAGUAAGCCUGAUCCUGUGAUUGCAGAUGGAGAAGAUAGAGUAUCUUCUGAAGAGGAAAAGGAAGACCAAAAGACAGAUACGAGUUUGACGCGUCCAGGAGUAGACUCUCUUACUCCCAGAGCUUGUCAGCCAAAUAGGGCAAGUGCAGAGCUAUUGGAUGGGCAGAGGCAUAGUCAAUUGAACUGUUCAGUGAAUGGUUCCGUCUCUUACCACAAUAAUGAAGAUGAUGAUGACGAAAAUGGUGAUGACAGUGACGAUGAAAAUGACCAUGAUAUUGUAGGAUUUGGAGAUAAUUCCAUACCAACAAUAUAUUUUUCUCAUACUGUGGAACCUAAGAGGGUCCGAAUAAAUACUGGAAAAAAUACCACUUUAAAAUUCAGUGAAAGAAAAGAAGAAGCCAAGCGUAAGAGAAAAAACAGCUCUGGCAGUGGGCAUUGCUGCCACGACCUGCCCCCCAUCAGGACACCCGCGGACAUUUACAGGGUCUUCGUUGAUGUUGUGAAUGGUGAAUACGUGCCUCGUAAAUCAAUCCUGAAGUCCCGGAGCCGAGAGAACAGCGUGUGCAGUGACACGAGCGAGAGCAGCGCGGCUGAACCGGAGGAGAGGCGCGGGGCUGUGCGGAGUGUGAGCUGGGAAGACGCCGCGUGCAGCGGUGCUGGUGAGAGCGCUGUGGGGGAAGAGCCACAGGAGAAUCUCAAGUGUUUGCCCUCCUCAGGGACACUGGAGGCUUUUUCUGGAACUGUAAUAGAGAAAGAGUUUUUCUCAUCUUCGUCAAGCCCGCACCAAGCCAUUGCUCAGCCUGCCCUCCCCACCAUCCCAGAACGCAAAGAAGUUGUGUCAGAUGUACCAGAAGAGACUGUGAAGAGAGUCUCCAAGUUCAAAGCCGCCAGAUUGCAACAGAAGAACUAGGCCUGUCUAGAAUAAUGCGAAUCUAAAUCCUAAACCCUUGUCGUGUGUUUUUGAGUAUAUAUAGCAAAAUGUCAUAUAUUUGGAAAAAGGCAUUCUGAGUUAGGUUGGCAGCAAGUUCUUUAUCAUUUGUUAGUGGUAUUAAAAAUAUCUAAAAGUAAAUGUUUGACUGCUUUAAUAUUCAGCUUGUUUUGUUCAUCCUCUCAGUACUGUCAACACUUUUGUCUGAGAAUGCCUUAUGAUGCAGUGGCAGCGUUUCGACUUAUUUUUUGAAGAAUAUUGUUCCUUGUUUUUGUCUUUCUAACUAAAUACAGGCAGUUUUGUACCAGCUGUGAUGUUGUGCAUACCAUAUGGACCAUUUUAAAGAAACUUUCAAAAUUUCAAGUGAAUUCAACAGCCACUACUUGCUUUCACAUGUUAAAGGCACUUUAAACAAAUCUGCUUCUUUUGUAGGUUUUGAGCUAGGUGGCUGUUUUAAAAUCCUUUCCCCUUUGAAUAUACUACUGUAAUCAUGAAGGCGAAAGGUUACAUGUACUCUAUGGCAAAGUUUCUUUGGAAAAAUUGUAUUUUGUAAAAAAAAAAAGUUUUUCAAGUAAAAAUUUCUAUAAAACCUGUUCGCUAAAUUUUGUGAACUUUAUGAUUUAGAAUUUAGUAUAAAAAUAUCUGUUAUCAAUAUAUGUGUCCCGUGUAUCCCACCAUAGGCCCUUGAGUUCUUACAGGUCCAUACACCAUUCUUGAUUAGUGAGUGCAUCUUUCACUGGGAUUAUCUUUUGAGGGAGGAAAGGUUGUCUUACCUUCCCAGCGGUUUCAUUCUUUAAAGCUACUUUCUUAACAGUAAAUCACUGAAAUAAACAUUUUGUUUUAACAAAAUGCCCACGAAAUAAAGAGAAUUUAUGCUAUCACUGAAAGUUACACUGUGUUAAUCAUUAGCUUGAUGCAUGCAGAAAUGUAGCUUUUUGAAAAAAGCAUUCUGCGGUAGUCCUAAAAAAAAGGCAUCCUUGCCAGUCCGUCCUCUAUUCAUGGCUAACUCUCUAAGGGUCACUGAUAGCCCCUUUAAUGAAUUCUUGCUUAAACAAAGUGAAAUUAUGUCCUAGAAAAGUAGAAGCUGUUUGUAACCAGAACACAACUAUAAAGGUUUUAUGAAGGUAAGGAAGUGAAUUAGAAUCUGCAGUAGUUAAUGGAAGAAUCAGAACAGAGAACUAAUUUUGAAAGAUUACCUAAGAAUAUGGAUUUACUCUUUUGUAAACUGAUUUACUGGAUGUGUAGUUCAAAACUGGUUUUCUUUCAGUCCAUCCAGCACUGCUCAACCAACCCAAACUACACCAAGAGUAAAGUCACACCAGAAGCUCCCGCUGCUGUCCCACUGAGCCGGCCAUGCUAGAUUUUUUUCACCCAGAAACAAACUUUAUUAGAGGACUGUUGUGUGGGUUUGUGGUUUUUUUUUUUGCAUAUGUGUAAUUUUAAGAGUGCGGUUAUUAAAUCUUUUUUCAUGUU